UGACUAGUUUGUCUGUCUCUUCACUGUUGAAUAUUCCAUUACAUUGUAAUUCUGUUUUAAGAAUCUAAUUUAAAACCCUCUCAAAAUUGGAAGAAAUAUAAUACGUGAGGGAGUGACUUUAAAACGUUUAUAUGAUCACCAGUGAAUUAUGUAAAUAAAGGGCGGCAUCUUCAGAUAAUCUUAUGGCAAAUUUUGGUUUUGCAAUCCAUCAGCUGAGUGCGCAGAUUGUAAAUGGUCAAAAUGUAGCACCUAUUGGCAUAAGUGAGGAGUUGAAGUCAGCAGUAGCUGCUGAAGUACGUUCUCAGAUGGUACCAGUUGUGAAAGAGAUGGUACGUGAAGUGGUCAGGGAGGUGAGGAGUGUUGUGACAGAUGUGGUGACCCCACUUUACGAUGAACUUCGUGACUUUCGAAGUCGCAUUCCAUUCCCAAAUAGUUUACUGUAUUCUGCGGAGAAUAUGGCUGUGUAUACUAAUGGGUCAUCUGGUUCUUCCUGCGAUGUCUUAGAGAAAAAAGUAGACAGAUGCGCUGGGAGUACGAGGCCUUCCCCAUCGAUUAAUCGUUCUAAUGCAUAUCAGGAAAAUAAUUUUAGCAGCAAAAGUCAGGCCGAAUAUUUCAAAGAACCAAAGGAACCACGAGCACAGGCAUCUACGAGUGACUGUGCAGCAUUUAGUUUUAUUUAUUACAAUACAGUUUGUCUUAUACCGAUAUCGACUUUGCUGGAACCUGAAAAUAAUGCAUUCGUUUGUCAAAAAGUGCCGAAGAUAUUCCUUGGGAAAGAAGGAGGAAAGAUCUCUUUCCUUGUCGAUAUGAAGGCAGUCAGGUUAAGGGAUCUCACAUCUGAUAAUUUGGGGUACUGGACUUCGAGGUUCGCGGCACACAUGAAAACACGGAAAUAUUUCGUAAAAGACGGUCAGAUCACGGGACGUAUCCAACAGUUCGGACAAGUUUGUCACUUACUGCAAGACUAUGAUUAUAUCUUACAUCGACAGUAUUACUGUCAUGGAAACACGAUUGGACCAGCAGCGAUAAGGAAAAAUAUUUGGUAUCUAACAGGGAAAUUGAAUGGUGGGCAAGUUGUUGGAUGCGCAUUGAUUUCAUACGAAAUUGAUGACAAUGCCACCGUAAAAAUAUCGAAAUUACGAUACAAAUCAGGACUGAAUUGUGUAGAAGUAAAAGAAGAAGUGCCAGCUGAAGAAAUGGAUGUUAGUUCUAUGCUCACUCCAAAUGCUGAAUUGCAAAGGUUCGUAGAUGGAAUGCAGACAUUAUAAUUGUCAGAUAGUUACAUUCUAUCAAAUUUUAUUUUAUACCGUAUUGAUAAUAUAUUUAUAUAAUUUACUGGCUAAAUGUGUAUUUGUAGUUAUGGUGUUUUUGUGGGGAAUUAUAUUAUGUUAAUAUUUUACGUUCAACUGUUCUUUCAUUUAGUUAUAAAUCCAACUUGGCAUCAUCUCCAGACAUAAAAUUAAAAUAUUCUGUUCAAAUUAAAUAAUUUCCGACAUCCUGGGCGAAAGAGCUGGUGCAUGCGAAAUGGCAUACAUACCAGCAACAUUACUCACUGAUAUUUUCGUUCAUGAUUUCAUUGGCAGUUUGUGUGUCAGCAAUCCAGAAAGAUUUUUCAAACUGAAUUGAAAGAUUCUGUCUGAAUUUGGAUUAUUCUGAGUGCUUUAAGAACCUUUUAUAAGCAGUUAUUUCUUUUUAAUUUGAGUUAUAAAACCCGCUAUGUUAAGUCUUUGAUUCGGGUAUUCUAAAAUUCUUGCUAGUCGGUAACCUUACUGAAUAUGUCAUCUUUUACCUCGCAUUGUACAUUUGUCGCG